AUGUCCGACUCGGGGCUCACGGCUGCGGGGAGCAGCACAUACUCAUCGAAUACCCUUCACGUUGGAGAUGGCACUUGGGACACGCAGCGCGACACCUUUUUGCUGCCCAACCUGAUGGGUUUGAAUUUCGAGACAAUGCGAUACAAUGGCAUGGGCAAUCGAUUCAAGGAUAUGGCCGGGUAUCAUUCCAUCAUAAUUGCGCACGGUGUUAUUGCAACAAUCGUUUUCUUGGGCCUCGUCCCCAUUUCGACCCUCAUUAUUCGUUACUACGGCCGAUGGAACCCGUACUGGGCAUUCAAGCUCCACGCCUGGUGUCAGGUACUCACACUUCUCUUGUCGACGGUGGUGUUUGUGCUGGGCUGGUUUGCGGUUGGCCCGAAGCGGAGCCUGACCAACCCGCACCAUGGAAUUGGCCUAGCAAUCUAUGUGAUGGUUAUUUUCCAGGUUCUAUGGGGCUGGUUCAUGCACAGAAAGGAGAGUAAACGGGUUCGGCAUCAUGUGCCGUUGAAGCUUGUGAUUCACCGAUGGAUUGGUAGAGGAUUGGCCCUUCUCGGUUUGGCGCAAAUCCCGCUGGGUCUGACGCUAUACGGCUCUCCCAAGGUUCUAUUCAUUCUCUAUGCAGUUGCAGUCUUUGCGCUCCUCAUGGUCUACUUUAUCCUUUCAUACCUUUACGACGAUGAAGGAUUCCAUAUGGCCAGUGAGCAUGGUAGCAGAUAUACCGGUCCUUCAGUCGUGGAAGAACACCACGGAGGAGGAGGUGGCGGCCUUGGCCCAGCUUUGGCUGGCGGCGCUCUUGGCGCAGGACUCGCUUCAUUGUUCAAGAAACGUGCUCGCGGCCGUACAACAAGCGUGGCCUAUGAAGAUUCUCGGACCUCUUACUCGGAUGAGAAGUAUUCUGAUGAGUCCUCCCGUCAUAAUGGGGGUAGUGGGGGAUGGGCAAAGAAGAUUCUUGGAAUUGGUGCAUUGGCUGGUGCAGGCAUGCUGGCAAAGAGCUGGUGGGACCGCCGCCGACAGCGUGAGGACGAUUCUGAAGUGGGCCGCUACAGACCUGCCCACUCUCGCACUGACAGCUAUACCGAAGACUCUCUGAGCAGAUUGGAAGACGGUCGGCCAGAACCUGCUCACCCACCUGUUAGCGGUCGCCCCCUAGCCGCCCUCCUAGCAGGCCACAGAGCCCUGGUUCUUCAUACUAUUACAACAGCACAUAUCUCCGUGAAACGACUGUUUAGUCGCAAUAAAGACAAGGACGACGAGGAAAAGCGCCGCCUAGAGGAUAUCCGCCGUCGAGACGAGGAAGAUGAGGCUCUACAGAGAGCAAACAGCAAGCGACGUCGAAAUGAGGCCGGUGCCGGAGCUGGUACCGGAGCUGGUGUCGGACCUUAUCCUCAACGACGAAGACCAAGCCCUUACACCGAAAGUGACCUGACUCCUACUGAUCUGACUCCUCGGCCACGCCCUCCUCCGCAACGUAUCACGUCCGGGAGCUCCCUCCUCACCCCAGAGCCUAUGGCAACGGGAGCUGCUCAUGGCGCUCCUUCAGAUAUCCCUCCCCUUCCUCCUAUUCACCAGGAGUUGUCUGGUGAUUUCCCUUCAGCUGAGCGGCCACACUCACAUCAUUCCUACCAUGCUGAAGAGAUUGCUGCUGGCGCAGCUGCUGGUGCCGCGUUGGGCGCUGCCUCAAGCCGUCGCCGCAACAGCUCGAGUCGUCGCCGGGACGAGAGCCGUCGCCGAGACGACAGCCGACAUCGAUCUGACCACGUUGAGUCACCGCCGGUAUCAGUCAAGGUGAAGAUGCACAAUGAUGGCCGACACGUAACUCUUCGCCGCCUCACAGAAGAAGAAGCCGCAGCCCAACGCGAAGCAAGACGUCGUGAGCGCAGAAAUUCGCGCCGCCGCGGCAGCAGCGCAGGCUCCCUUUCCGGCGACGAAGGUCGUGACUAUGACCGUUGGCGACGUGUCGAAGAGCUAGAGCGUCAGCAGGCAGAGCAAAUUCGUCGUGAACAACAAACUGCUGCCGCUGCCGCUGCGGCAUCCGCUGCGCCAUCAGCGAGCGUGCCUCCAUCAUCGUUCCACCCCUCCCAAUCUCAAAUUAGCCAUGUACCACCACCACCUCCUCCUGUCCCACCACCAGCACCUUCAAGCAUGCCCUACGGUCCGGGAAGUGUCACUUCUCCCGGAACAUGGACUGGCACUGAAGCCAGCGGAUCAUACGCUAAUAACCGCCGACGCCGGCGUGCCGAGCGAGCCCGAGCAAAGGAGAGACAGCAGCAUGGCGUGGAGUUUGAGUAA